GGAAAACAAAGGCCUACCAACCAAUAUACCAAGGGAGUCCAGCUGUGCUGGAAGUUAUUGAAUCGGAUCAUUGUCAGGAUUUUUAUCAGUUUGUUAUCGUUCAGCAGUUUUUGAUUUCCUUCUUUCUGUACACCGACCACAACACCACCGACAACGCGGUCCCGGUGAACACACACGACCACAAUGCCAGGUCCUCAACAAAAGGUCUUCGGCCUCACCUCCUCCUCCGGUCGUUCUGGAAGCCGAGGCAACACAGGUGGCAAACGCUCUUACCGCCCCAAAACCGCACAAAGCGUCCUACCCAGCGAAGCCACAAACAUCGACGAAAAAGCCGAAGCAACAAAACUAGCGAGCGAGAUCGAUGGUAGGAUGGGUUUUGAGAAGUAUGAGGCUGGUCCGAAGAGGGUUGGAUGGUUGAUUAAUAUGCACCAAACGACAAUGGACGACGGCAAAGCAGCGAUGGAUUACUACUUCUUGGGCGACGAUGGGGAUUCGUUCAAGGCGAGUGUUCAGUAUGAUCCGUAUUUGUUUGUUGCGUGUAAGGUUGGCACGGAGGGGGAGGUGGAGGAGUAUUUGAGGAGGGCGUUCGAGGGGUUGAUUUUGAAGAUUUCGAGGGUGCAGAAGGAGGAUUUGAGGAUGCCGAACCAUCUGACGGGGUAUCGAAGAACGUUCAUCAAGCUGACGUUCGCCAACACGAACGACCUAUACCAAGUCAAGAAAGUUCUAGCACCGAUCGCAGAGUCAAAUAGGAAGAAGAUGGACGCCUUGGACGCAUACACCGAAGUCGUCAACGCCUCCCUCAAUCUCGACCUCGACGAAAAGCCAUAUCACAACAAACAGACCAACGUCAUGGACGCCGCGGACAACAUCGUCGAUCUCCGCGAAUGGGACGUUCCCUACCACGUCCGUGUCGCCAUCGACAAAGAUAUUCGAGUGGGAAAGUGGUACACAGUCGAAGCGAAAGCUGGGGUGAUCAACAUCACGGAUAUUCCAGAACGUGUGAAGCGUGCUGAACCAGUGGUGUUGGCAUUCGAUAUCGAGACGACGAAGUUGCCGCUCAAGUUCCCCGAUGCGGCGACGGAUUGUAUAAUGAUGAUUUCGUACAUGAUUGAUGGACAGGGAUAUCUCAUCACGAAUAGGGAGAUCGUGUCGCAGGAUAUCGGGGAUUUCGACUACACACCCAAACCUGAGUUCGAAGGCCCGUUCAUUAUCUUCAAUGAGCCGGAUGAGAGGAGCCUGAUUAUGCGCUUCUUUGAGCAUAUCCAGGAUGUGAAGCCCACUGUUAUCGCGACCUUCAACGGAGAUUUCUUCGAUUGGCCAUUUGUUGAGACAAGGGCGGCGUUUCAUGGGAUCAGCAUGUACAACGAGAUCGGGUUCCAGAAGGACAGUGAGGAGGAGUACAAGUCGAACUAUUGUGCGCAUAUGGAUUGUUUUAGGUGGGUGAAACGUGAUUCAUACCUCCCGCAGGGAAGUCAGGGUUUGAAAGCCGUUACUGCUGCGAAGCUGGGUUAUGACCCCGACGAGUUGGAUCCGGAGUUGAUGACGCCGUAUGCGAGCGAACAGCCGCAGGUGUUGGCACAGUACUCCGUUUCCGAUGCUGUUGCGACGUAUUAUCUGUACAUGAAGUACGUGCAUCCUUUCAUUUUCUCGCUCUGUAACAUCAUUCCGUUGAAUCCGGAUGAUGUCCUACGAAAGGGAACGGGUACGUUGUGUGAGAUGUUGCUCAUGGUUGAGGCGUACCAGAAGGGUAUUAUUCUGCCGAACAAGCAUUUGGAGGAGCAUGGAAAGCAUUAUGAUGGGCAUUUGCUGGAGAGUGAGACGUAUGUCGGUGGACACGUUGAGUCUCUCGAGGCUGGUGUUUUUAGGAGUGAUAUCCCUGAAGAAUUCGAGAUUGAUCCCACGGCAUGUGAUGAGUUGCUCGGUGAUUUGGAUGCGGCGCUGAAAUUUACGAUUGAGGUGGAGGAGAAGAAGAAGUUGGAGGAUAUCACCAAUUACGACGAAGUUCGGGAACAAAUCGCAAGUGGGUUGAGGGAGUUAAGGGACAAUCCCAAGAGGAAGGAGAAGCCUACCAUUUACCAUUUGGAUGUCGCGUCCAUGUACCCCAACAUCAUGAUUACGAAUCGUCUUCAGCCUGAUUCGAUGAUGGAUGAGAGUAACUGCGCGGCGUGUGAUUUCAAUGUUCCGGGAAAGAACUGUGAUCGGAGGAUGACUUGGGCUUGGCGUGGUGAGUACUUUCCGGCGAAGAGGGAUGAGUUCAACAUGAUUCAGCGUGCGCUGCAGAACGAGUUGUUUCCUGGAAGAUAUUCCGGGUCAGCACAGAGAACGUGGGAUGACCUCUCGGCGGCUGAGCAGAGCAACCAGAUCCAGAAGAGAUUGUCUGACUACUGUAGGAAGGUCUACCACAAAAUUCACGAUACGAAGACUAUCAAUCGGGAAGUCAUUGUUUGUCAGAGGGAGAACCCCUUCUACAUCGAUACUGUGAAGAGUUUCCGUGAUCGUCGAUAUGAUUACAAGGGGCUUCAGAAGCAGUGGAAGGGGAAGGUUGGUGACUUCAAGAAGGCUGGCGACGCGGGUGCUGUUGACGAGGCAGGCAAGAUGGUUAUCUUGUAUGACUCUCUGCAGUUGGCUCACAAGGUCAUUCUGAACUCCUUUUACGGGUACGUCAUGAGAAAGGGUUCUCGAUGGUAUUCCAUGGAGAUGGCUGGUGUUACGUGUUUGACUGGUGCUACUAUCAUUCAGAUGGCACGCAAGAUCAUCGAGAGAGUAGGAAGGCCCUUGGAGUUGGAUACGGAUGGUAUCUGGUGUAUCUUCCCCAAGACCUUCCCUGAAGAUUUCGUCUUCACGAUGAAGAACGGGAAGAAGUUGAAUUUGUCUUAUCCCUGUUCGAUGCUUAACCAUCUCGUGCACGCCAAGUUCACCAACCAUGCUUACCAAGAUCUCGUUAACCCCAAUACCUACGAGUACAAGACCUCAAGUGAGAACAGUAUCUUCUUCGAAGUUGAUGGACCGUACCGUGCGAUGAUGCUGCCGACCUCUAAGGAGGAGGACAAGAACUUGAAGAAGAGAUAUGCUGUUUUCAACGACAACGGGUCUUUAGCUGAAUUGAAGGGGUUUGAGCUUAAGCGUCGUGGUGAGCUACAGCUUAUCAAGAUCUUUCAGAAGCAAUUGUUUAAGGUUUUCUUGGAAGGCGAAACAAGGGAAGAGUGUUAUGCCGCUGUUGCGAAGAUCGCAAAUAGGUGGUUGGAUGUGCUCGACAGCAAGGGUGUCACUCUCGCUGAUGAGGAGUUGGUAAACCUCAUUUGUGAAAACCGAUCCAUGUCCAAAACGCUGGAGGAGUACGGCAAGCAGAAGUCUACAUCCAUCACGACCGCUAGGCGUUUGGGUGAGUUCUUGGGUGAACAGAUGGUUAAGGAUAAGGGAUUGGCCUGUAAGUAUAUUAUCUCUUCAAAGCCGAAAGAUGCGCCUGUUACGGAGCGAGCUGUCCCCAUUGCUAUCUUCUCGUCCGAGGAGUCGGUGAAGACACAUUUCUUGAGGAAGUGGCUUAAAGAUGCAAGCUUGACCGACUUUGAUUUGAGGAGUAUACUUGACUGGGGAUACUACCUCGAGCGUUUCGGUUCAGUCAUUCAAAAGCUCAUCUCCAUUCCUGCUGCCCUGCAGAAGGUCGAGAACCCCGUUCCUCGUGUCGCUCACCCAGAAUGGUUGCAGCGCCGUUUGGCUGCGAAAGCGGAUAGGUUCAAGCAGCAGAACAUCACGAACAUGUUCAGUAAGAAGGCGCCUACAUCCCCGACCAACAGCAACGGCGACUCGGGUGUUGAUCUCGAGGACUUCGGAGGAAGCUCUACUCAAGGUCUUGUGAAGCCGUUGAAGCAGGGUCGUGUUGUAGUCAAGCGCAAGACGGCUCACGAGAGGGAAGAGGACGACGACCCUUUUGCCAGUUUGCCUCCGGUCAUGCCAGAUCCAUCGCAGGAUUACUCUGCAUGGUUGAAGUACCAGAAGCAGAAGUGGAAGCUUCAGCGUGUUGCGCGCCAGAGAAGAAGGCAUUUGUUCGGCAAGCAGGAUCAUGCUGCGGCUGGUGGUUUGUCAGGCAUGUUCCGUGAUCAAGCGGGUAUGAUCUUUACGCGGCCGUGGCAGAUCUUGCAGUUGCGCGAGAGCAACACUCCUGGUCAGCUUGCUGCUUGUGUUCUCAUCGAGGGCGGUAUGCACAAUGUCAAGAUCAACGUGCCUCGCCGUUUCUACGUCAACCUCAAGUCCGAGGAUUUACCAAACGUUGAAAUUCCUGGAUGCAGGGUCACAAAGGUUUCGCAUACUUUGCCUAAUGGGCAUCCAUCUGUCGGCCUUUUCGAGCUCGAGAUGUCUGAGGAUACCUACCUUGAGUACAAGUCGAAGUUGAACACUUUGCUUACCCAUCCUUCUGUCGAAGGAGUGUACGAGACCAAGGUAACGCCGAAGGUCAGGGCUUUGCUUCGCAUUGGUGCUCGUUGCAACUUAAACACGAGCAUCGAAGGAUCGUUGAGCGCUGGCUUAGCUACAGGAUUCCAUUUGGCCAACCUGAAACCUGAUGACAGAGCGACGACUUACUUGGAGGGACUUCCCCUGCAGUACCUUUACCUCUACAAUGUCAAUGACGGCGACAGGCAGGUCCUUGCGCUCUUCUCGUCCAUUCACAACUCGGCACAUGUCGUCGUCUACGACGGUGGUCGCCAAGGCCAGCAAAUGCCUAACAUGGAGAAGAUCUACUCCGAUAUUCUUGCAAAGAAGUCCCAGGUCGAUGCAGAGCAGGCAUUCGAGUAUCCUGAAACCAUCGACUUUACUGUUACGUUGACCAAAACAAAGAAAAAGGCCAUGAAGGCCAUCUCGGAUGCGAUCAAACGUUAUGAAGCAAAUAUCGAAAAGAGCGCUUCGACGGUCUUGAUCAUGGAUCCCAGGGACAAAGAACAACUGGCAAGUCAUUUGCCUGAUAUUGAAAAGUAUCCCGUUAUGAGCUUUCAAGGUCCAAGCAAUUCAAACACUCUACCCCCUCUUGGAUGGCAGUCAGUUGUUGCAAAGCGGUUGAUAGGACAGUGGCUGAUCAUGGCUGAAUGGGUUUCUCACCGCGUCAGUCUGGCGCGUUAUGGUAGUGUCCCUCUGUGUGACUUCGAGGCAGAUGAGGUCAGAUUCUUGACAGACAUCUUGUACGCACGAAGACUCAAGCAGCACGACGUGGUCUUGUGGUGGUCGUCUGGUCCCAAGGCAGACUUGGGGGGUUCUGAACAAGAUGACGCUCUUCUCGCGACGGAGCCAACCAGCAUCGUUGAGGUCAACUCACCGGGUGCUUACUCAACCGUUUGCGUUGAGUUUGAUGUGCGUAACCUUGUUGUCAACACAAUUCUCACGUCUGCUAUCAUCAACGACCUUGAGGGUGCCGACUCUGGUAGUUUCGGUAUGAUGGGUGACGGAGAGAAUAAAGAUGACCAGGGCGAGUCGACCGGCAACCUUAGUGAAAACAGCUUUUCGUCCGCGUCACUUCUCGUGUUGAAGGACAUGGUCAGGACAUGGCGUGAAGAAGCAGUCUCUGGCAUCCAUCACGCAGACCUCAUGGUCCAGCAUCUUUUCAGGUGGAUUCAGAGCACCGAAUCUUGCUUGCACGACCCAGCUCUGCGUCAUCAUAUCCACGCCAUCACCAAGAAGGCAUUCCUUCAGCUAUUGGCCGAGCUGCGCCGUGUUGGAUCCAAGGUUGUGUUUGCAGACAUGAACCGCAUCAUUAUUCAGACAAGCAAGCCCACCGUCGGAAACGCCUGGGCGUACGCUGAUUACGUCGUCAAAGCUAUCAAGACUAAGCCUAUGUUCCACUUCCUGGACCUUGUCAAGAAGGAGUUCUGGGAUUAUCUUUUAUGGAUGGACGACGUGAACUAUGGUGGUAUCUCUUGUCCCGCGGAUCAAGUUGCGGUGAUGACUACGCAAGGCGCUUCCUACAAUACUGUCUUGCACUGGCAUAUCAAGAGCUUUUUGCCUCCUGCAAUGCAGGAGGACUUUUCACACUGGGUUGUGGAGUUCAUCAGGCAUAUGCACCAAUGCAAAUCUGAUCAGUCGAACCUUACACAAUGGCGUGGACAAAACGACGAAGAAAAGCCAGCGCUUGGACAGGGUGUCUUGGCACGUCAUUUCACCAAACCGUUGAAGAAGCGCGUUGGUCAGCUGUACCGUAGUCAGCUUGAUGCUAUGAUGGACCCGGAGUUGCUACCAAUGUUCUCAUUCCCGGCGCUGCCAGGUUCCCACCUGGACCUCACUAACCCUACCCUUGAGCUUGUCAAGUUCCUGAGUGCUGUUUAUGGUCUAGCGAAGGACAUCGUUCUCGAAGUGCGAAUGCUUCGUAAGGAACUCCUUGCUCUCCUCGAUGUUCGUGAGUUCAGUAACGAAGCUACGUUCUUGAAUCCCAGUGAGACUCUUAAAUUCAGGCAUGUCACUUGUGUUCGCUGCAGUUACUCUCGUGAUCUUGAUUUCUGCCGAGACGAGGAAUUGAUGGCUAGCAUUGACGAGUCGGAGGACGGAAACAUUCACGCGUGGACAUGUGCCGAAUGUCAUAGCGAGUACGACCGUCUCGCGCUGGAAGAGCAGAUGAUCGCGGAUUUACACCAGAGUUUCACGACUUACCAGCUUCAGGAUCUGCGUUGUGCGAAAUGCAAGCAGUCCAGAAUCGAGAACAUCCGCAAGCAUUGCGCGUGUUCUGGAGAGUGGGUUCCCACGAUGUCAAAGGCGAAUUUGUUGAAGAGGGUGAAGGUAUAUGAGAAUGUGGCUAGUUUUUACAAGUUGGAGAUGUUGGCAAACCAAGUCGAGGAGCUUUCUGAGCUCGCUGGGUUCGCACAUGCGCAUUAGCGAUAGUCAUUUGCAUGUUUUGAAAAUUAGAGUAACUACAGGUACGGAUAUACCUAUCAUAUAACGGACUUGUGCGGAGUUUUGGUUGAUGUACACGGAUGAUUCAGGG